AUGGCGUCGCAGGUGCCUACGCAGGCAAACAUUCAAUCUACCCACCCCUUCACCUGCAACACAUGUCAGGUCGCCUUUCGCUCCAGCGAUCUGCAGCGCGCUCACAUGCAGACCGACUGGCAUCGCUACAACCUCAAGCGCCGUGUGGCCUCCCUCCCGCCCCUCUCGUCUGAAAUCUUCACCGAAAAAGUGCUCGCAAACAAGGCGACCGCCGCUGCCACCGCCGCCAAAGCCUCGUUCGAGAAAUCGUGUUCAGCCUGCCAAAAAACCUACUUUAGCGAGAAUGCCUACGCCAACCACGUCAACAGCCAGAAGCACAGGGCGAAUGUGGCAAAGUCAGGCAGGGGUGCUCAUCUGGAUGACACUGCCUCGGUGACAGGCUCCAUGGUCAGCUCGGCCUUCUCGCUGGGUGAGUCCAUGGCCGAGUCAGAGGUCACGGUCAAUGGUGAUGGGGAGAAAGACUUGUCAGAGGUUGUGGACGGCAUGAAGAAGGCAUCCAUCAACACCAACGAGUCUACAGCAGAAGACGACAAGAGCUCUGUCGCAGCCUCGACCAAGGCGCCCUCAGAUCCGCUGCUGGACUGCUUAUUCUGCAACUACAAGUCGCCGAAUUUUAAUCUGAACCUUACACACAUGGGCCGCUUUCACGGAAUGUUUGUACCAGAAAAAGACUAUCUUGUUGAGCCAGAAAACCUCAUCAGAUAUUUACACGACAAGGUUCACGUUGGCCACCAAUGUCUCAAGUGCCACAAGAUGCUUCACACUGCAUCUGGCAUUCAAACACACAUGCGUGAUCGAGGUCACUGUAUGAUUGCAUUUGAAUCUGACGAGGAGCUUGUCGAAGUUGGCGAAUUUUACGACUUCCGGAGUUCGUACCCUGACGCUGCCGACUUUGACGAGAUGGCGGAGGAGUCAGACGACUCCACUUCAACUACCGGAGGCGGUGUCAAGCUCGGUGCGAAACGGGAAACCAAGACUACGACAGAUGACGCAGCCAUGUCAAGCAACAACGAAGAAGAUGAGGGUUGGGAAACCGACAGCACCGUAUCCAGCGUUCCUACAGACGAGAUCACAGCUGUACCCAUUGAUCGCAGACACCGUCACAAGUCGCUCAACAAGUCAAAGCAUCAUUCUCAUUCAGAUCCUCGCCCACAUCGUGCCGCGGAUGGGUUCCACUCGCAUGCUCACAAUACCCCCCAUGCAGUCUACCACGAUGAGUAUGAGCUGCAUCUACCAUCCGGACGGACUGCUGGUCACCGAUCGCUUAAUAAAUACUACCGCCAGAACCUGCGCAACUACCCUGGUGUGGCUGAGCGCAUGGAGAAUGCCCAGCGCCGUUUGACUGCCGGAUCAACUGAGGGAGAUGGAGAUAGCGAUGUCGAGAUGGACGGUGGAGAUGAUGAGGCGCGGGAAGGUCGUGGGCGUCAACAACAGCUCGUCACCCGCGCCAACGGCGGUCUGGGCAUGGUUGGCGUUAGUGAUGCUAAGAAGGCUGAGGUGCAAAAAGCUGCCAAGCGAGAACAGAAGAAGGCAGACCGUGCCCGCAACAGGUACGAAGCUGGUAACGAGAAGCGCAACAACCACCAAAAGCACUUCCGUGAUCCUCUUCUGCAGUAG